GCCAAACACAGCCUUAGGCUAUAAAAUAGGGUGAGCGGUCUCUGCUCUCUCUGUGUCUUCCCUUUUGCUUAUUGCAUCGUAGUCUCUAAUCUUUGCUUCCCACUCUCGAUCUCAUCGUUCAUCCGACCUUGUGCUUUGUCCAUGGCUGCCAAUAAGACGAACACCUACAGAGGUGCCUCUUCUUCCUUCUCCCGUCGUUGGAAUUAUGAUGUGUUUUUGAGUUUUUGUGGUCAAGACACUCGCACGAACUUCACAGAUCACCUCUAUAAAGACUUGGUCCGGGAUGGGAUUCACACCUUUAGAGACAACGAUGAGCUAAACAAAGGAGAAGAUAUCUCUUCAGAACUGACGGAAGCCAUUGAAGGUUCUAGGAUUGCCAUUAUCGUCUUCUCUAAGAAUUAUGCUUCUUCCACCUGGUGCCUUGAUGAGUUAGUGAAGAUCCUCGAUUGCAAAAAGAAAAACCAAACAGAAAAGGUUAUGCCAGUUUUCUACAAGGUGGAUCCAUCAGAUGUCAGGAAACAGCGUAACACUUAUGCCAAGGCAUUUAAGAUACACGAAAAGCGAUUCAAGAAGAAGAUGGGAAAGGUGCAGGCUUGGAGGGUUGCUCUCACAGAAGCCGCAAAUUUGGCAGGCUGGGAUCAAAGAAAUGUUGCCGAUGAGCAUGAGGCCGAGCUUAUGAAGAAAAUUAUUGAUGAAGUGUUGAAAAUAGUGAACCGGACAUGCUUGCAUGUUGCGAAACAUCCAAUCGGGUUAGACUCCCACAUUGAGUCCAUAGGUCGCUUACUAAAUGAUGGCGGAUUGGAUGUUGUUCGCAUCAUAGGGAUAUAUGGCCCAGGUGGAAUAGGUAAGACAACUAUAGCGAAAGCCAUUUUUAACGACAUGUUUAGAAAUUUUGAAGGUAGCAGCUUUCUUGCCAAUGUUAGAGAGGUUUCAUGUCAACGUAACGGAGUAACUCUCUUACAAAAACAGCUUCUCUCUGAUGUCUUAAAGAGAAAGUUCGAAGACAUAAACAAUGAGGACCAAGGAAUCAUUAUUAUCAAAGAGCGUCUGUAUUGUAAAAGAGUUUUUAUUGUUCUUGAUGAUGUGGAUAAAAUGGAACAAUUUUGUAAAUUGGUUGGAAGGCAUGGUUGGCUUUGUCCGGGAAGUCGAAUCAUCCUAACAACUAGAGACAAACAUUUGCUAGAUAAGCUAGAGGCAGAUGGAAAAUAUAUGGUCAAGACAAUGAAUGAAGAUGAAUCCCUUCAACUUUUCAAUCGCCAUGCCUUUCAACAAAAUCAUCCAUUAAGAGGCUAUGAGCAGCUCUCAAAUGAAGUAACACAUUAUGCAGGGGGCCUUCCAUUAGCUCUUGAGGUUUUGGGUUCUCAUCUAUGCAAAAAAAAUCAGGUUCAGUGGGAAAAUGAAUUGAAGAAAUUAAGAAAGAUACCCAAUGAUAAGAUUUUAGAAAAACUUGAAAUAAGUUACAACGGGUUAGAUGAUUUCGACAAGACCAUAUUCCUUGAUAUAUCAUGUUUUUUCAUUGGAAAGAACAAAAGUGUUGUCAUUACAAUUCUAGAUGCUUGCGGUGCGGGUGGAGAAGCUGGAAUUCAACUUCUCAUAGAGAGGUCUCUAAUAACAAUUGAUGAAGAUAACUUGUUAUGUAUGCACGAUUUGAUUCGAGAUAUGGGAAGGGAGAUUGUUCGUAAACAAUCUCCUAGGAAGCCUGGAGGACAUAGUAGAUUGUGGGACAAUGACGAUGCUAUUGAUGUAUUGAUGAACCUCACUGGAACUGAUGCUGUUGAAGGCUUUCAAUUAAAUUUGUGGGAAUAUAGAGGGGAAAACCAGUUGACCACUGUAGGAUUUUCUAAAAUGCCUAAUCUAAGAUUACUCGAUGUUGAUCAUAAGGAAUGGGACACCCCCAAAAUAGCAGUGGAAUCUUCUCAUCAGGAGUGUUUCAAAAACCUAGUUUGGGUUAGAUGGAAAGCAUUCCCUUCUGAAUAUAUACCUAAUGAUUUUGAUAUAGGGAACCUUGUUAUUCUUGACAUGCCAUAUAGCAAACUUAAAGAAGUUUGGAAGGGAACCAAGUAUCUCACAAAGCUGAAGGAACUAAAUCUUAGUUAUUCGACACACCUGACCCAUACACCGGACUUCUCAGGGCUCCCAAAUCUUGAGAAAUUGAUUCUCAUUGGUUGUAAAAGUUUGGUGGAAGUCCAUGAAAGCAUUGAUCGACUCAAGAAACUUGUAAGGUUGGAUCUAAGUAGUUGCCGUCGUCUCAAGAAUCUUCCAAUUUGUAGUAUUAUCAAAUUGGCAUCUCUUGAAACACUUAAUAUUUCUUACGGCCAAGCAUUUAAACAUUUGUCGAAGCAAAUGGGGAACUUGAAUUCUUCAAAUUUUUUAUGCUCCUUAAAGGAAGUACUUCUGGAAGGUUGCAACCUAACAGAUGAUGAUAUACCUGAUGAGUUUUGGAUGUUAUACUCUUUGGUGUCAUUGAAUCUAAAGUGGAACUCUUUCGAGAGCCUUCCUCCAUCUAGCAUUGGCCGGCUUUCAAAACUUGAGACUCUGGAUAUGACACAUUGUGAGAGACUCAAAUCACUUCCAAUCCUUCCAUCAAGUUUGCGUUCUCUCUAUGCAUCAAAUUGCUACGAGUUGGAAAGGUUACCAAAAUUUUCAAACUUGAAGCACCUAAUUAUGCUUCAUCUUUCAUGGUGUGAAAAGCUGAUUGAAAUUGAGGGCUUGGAGGGUUUGAUAUCCGUAGAGAGUAUAAAAUUAGAUAAGUGUACCAAAUUGAAAGGUUUUGCUGGGAAGAGAAUCCUUCAGGACAUAUCUAAAGACUUUGGCAGCAAUGGUAAUAUAGUCUGUGACAUCCUUUUGGCUGGGAAUGAAGUUCCAGAUGAGUGGUUUGGGUUUCAAAGUGAGGCAUUGUCUUCAGAUUUAAUUUCUUGUGAGGUUCCUCAACAACUUCCUAACAAGGAGAUUCAAGGGUUGAUCAUAUGUUCUAGUUGUAGGGAGCUUGGAAAUUGUUCUUACUACUGUCGUGGCUCAAUAGUUAUGUGGGGAGGAAAGGUUGUAGUUCAUAAUAAAUCGAAGAACUUUACAUGGAGCCGCACCUUUGGUAUUCAACUUUCAGUGAAAGAAAGUGUUACUUGGGUGAUCAAGAUACCCAUAUGUGUUGGACCAAAAUCUUUCUUUGCUGAUUAUGGGGAUACUAUAAGAGUCUCUUUUUCAUUUUUGGAUAUCGACUGUUCAAAAUAUGUUUCUGUGGAGAAAAUUGGAGCCUAUUUCUUCUACGCUUCAUCACAGCAUGAGAAUGUCCAUUUCUUCGAUUAUUCAUCAUCGACAACACAGCAUGAGAAUUUAUCCAAGGAAAAUUCCCAAGAAGGGUCAUCCCAAACCAUUAAUCAUCAAUGUUUUGGAUUCCUUCGAUCGCUUGGGAAAUGUUUGCAAUGUUUUGGAUUCCUUUGAUGAUUUUUUGGAGAUAUUUGCAUGAUCGUAUAUGAAGGAUAGUGUCAUCCAUGAAAAAGUAUUGUAGAAGGUGUAUAAUUGAAGCAGCAAAAGCUUGAGUCUGUGCUAUGGAUACACCUCAUUGAGACUCCCUUCCCACUUGUAUAAAUUCAGUUAGUAUGUUAUACACAUGUUAGUAUGUAAUUGAUUCUUUCAUUUGAGGCUC